ACGACACAAAGAUCGAUAUCACCUUUGCAUUGACCACGAGGAUGUACAAGUGACUUUUUCGUUUCGUUUUCAAGUGUUAUUCUGAUUAUUACGAAAGUGAGAUUGUUCGUUUCGACGUAUCUGCUAAAAGGAAUCUUAAUUAGUGAGUGUUAGCAAAAUAGGCAAAAUCUUUUCCUUCGUGUACAGAAGGAUACUAAUUAAUAGAAAUGGCAAGUAAACGGACAGCAACAACUGAAUUAAAUCAUGACAAUUGGAACGAAGAGCAGGAACCAGAAGAAGCUGGAACAUUUACAAGAGCUACAAGUGACGUGCUCAGGAAGAGAGUUUUAAAAACUGCUAAACGAGGCCGUUUAUUGCCAAUGGAAUUUCAGGAAAGUUCUCUGAAAAGUGCAUUUGAAGGCUUUACUGGUUUUAAUACUACUCCUGCAAAAAAUGCUCCAUUUAGUUUUUUAGCUGGUGUAAGCACCAGUCCUAAUACAACUGUUAAUACUACAUUAACAUCAACGACUAUAAAUACUAACAGGAACAUCGCUAGCAAUGGUGCCACAAAAAUUGCUGAAAACAGUACGAAUAAAACAGAAACAGAACCUUCAAAAAUUCAGACAACAUCGAGCAUUAGUAUUGGCAAACAGGUCUCUACAGAGCAGAAAGUCGAGGAAACAAAAAAUAAUUCAUCCGAUUAUUAUACAAGAUUGAAGGGACUAAAUGAGAGUGUCGCACAGUGGAUAAAGAGUCAUGUGGAUUCAAAUCCGUUUUGUAUAUUGACACCUAUAUUUAAGGAUUAUGAAAAAUAUCUGAAGGAGAUUGUAUCAAAAGAAGAGAACACAAAAGCCCAAACUACCUUGCAGACUACAGAGCAUACAAUAAAGCCUAUGCAAAAUGAUAAUAAGAAAAAUGACAGUUCAGAAAAGAAAGACAUGUUCAGCAGUAAUACAAACACAACUACUAAAUCUUUAGUUGGAGCAGAGUGGAAACCUGAGAAAUCGGUUUUCAACAUUACUCCAAGUACUAAACCGGUAUUCGGUAACACAGAACAAAAAACUGAAAACGCUAAAACUAUAUUUAGUAAUAAGGAUGCGACUUCCGAGGUACCUAGACCGAUAUUUGGAAAUUUAGAAUCGAAUACGUCUAGUAAGAGCAUAUUCGGUAAUGUAAGUGUGGAAAACAAUCCAUUCUUACAAAAACUUCCCAUUGUCUCGGAUAGUAAAACAGAAGAGGAACAAACGAAAUCUGACACAAAGCCUAUAGCUCCAACUUUUGCAUCUUCUACUUUCAGUUUCGGGCAGAGUUCUACUACCAGUAACAUAACCGCUGGAUUUAGCUUUGGCAGCGGAAAGGCAUUUACUUUUGCCGCUUGCCCAAUCAAACCACAGGAUCAAGAAGAAAAGACAGACAAUGAUAAUAAGGAUGAAGAUGAUGAGGAACCACCAAAGCCAGAUUUCAAACCAGUAACUGAAGAAGGCGCAAUUUAUGAACAAAGAUGCAAAGUCUUUGUGAAGAAAGAUGGUAAUUUCAGCGACAGGGGUGUCGGUAUGUUAUUCCUAAAACCAACACCAAACGGUAAAACGCAAUUGAUAGUACGUGCUGAGACGGCACUGGGUAAUUUGUUACUUAACACCUUAUUGACUCAAAACAUACCGGUCAAGCGUAUGAACAAGAACACGAUAAUGUUAGUCUGUCUACCAAUGCCGGAUUCAUUACCGCCACCGGUUCCAGUACUAUUAAGAGUGAAAACUAGUGAGACCGCGGAUACUCUGUUUGAAAUGCUGGAUAAACAUACAAAAUAGACAAUAAAAUCGCUUGCUCUCUCUCACGCAACUUCGUGUGAGGAAUAAUUAGGACCGUUGAAAUACGAAUAAACAGAAACAUUCUCACGAAA